AUGAGAUUCAUCAGCGUGAACUUGUGUUUUAUCGUGUUGCUAUUUCUAGCCGAGAGCGGGCUCUCGAGCUCUGUAGUCAAUGACAGCCGAAUCUCCUCUCAUCGACCAGCUAGGCGCGAAGAUGCGAAAGCCCCUUUACAUGGUGAAUAUGGGAUCGGCGAAGUCGAUGGCUAUAAAUGGAAGUGGCCAAGUACCUGGCUGGUAUCAGUCCUAGUGGCUGUGGUACACGCCGAUCCAGACAUGGCUAAAAAGUUCGUCAAAGACGACACUAAUGCAGAAAUUAGUGAAGCAGAUUUUCGUUUGUACAAUUAUCAAGGGGAAGAGAAGAUUAUCAACCAAAAAUGGAAAGAUAUAUCUCAUGACGCUGAUUAUGUCCAUGACUCUGAUCCACCUAAUUGGGAAGUAGCCGGAAUCGAAUCUGCCGCUUUGCAGAUGGGUGGAUACAUGGGAUUAAAUCAGAAACGGAUUAGUAGGGGAAAUCCCGUUGAUGCUUUCAAAAUGAUAAUCAACAAAAAAGCUAGAAUUGAAGAUCUCAAGACUGAUGAGGAUACAUGGAAAUGGAUCAAGAAAUCUCAAGAUACACCAGUGAUCUUCGGUACUAACGGAGAAGAUAUUUCCAAAUCAAAAGCGGGAUGGCGAGAGAAGUGGACCUGGUACGCAGGUCUCAAUUGUAGCAUGAGUGAAAAACGUAAGGAUGAUGAACCAGAAUGGAAAAACGCAAAGUAA